CAAUUACGUAAACAUAAUGAAACAAUUGAUUUAAUUCUAUCGACAAUAGAUGGCGGUAAUGAAUCGGUUCAUCAAUAUUUUCUUGCAUGGAGAGCGCCAAAAUUUUGGCAACGUUUAAUUGAAAAAUCUGAUAAGAAUCAAUCAAUGAUUAACAUUGAUAAUAAUAAUGAUGAUGGACAUGAAAGGGUUAAAUUAACAGACGACGAUAAUAGAAUUUCAAUGGAAUCUAUUACAAAUCAACCACGUCGUCGUCGUCGAUUAUUCGUACCAAAAGAAUUUAUUGAUGAAUCAAUCCUGUUACGAUUAAUGAUUGAUUCAAUGUAUCGUAUGGAAAAUUAUAAUAAUAAUAAUAAUCAUCAAUCAUCAUCGAUUAAUAAUAAUCAUCAACAACAACAACAAUUUUCCAAUUUAAUAGCAUGGAAAUUAUUGAAAAUUGCUAAUGAGUUUCAAUUGGAAUUUCUUCUGCGUGAUUGUAUCGUAUAUUUUCAUAGUCGUAUUGGUUUAUCGAAUUGUAUUGAUUUAUGGAAAGUUGGACAGAAAUUUUUUCAUUAUAAUUUUGGUGAACAAUUAGCAAAAUGUUCAUAUCGUUUUUUAUUGAUUAAUCUUAUUCGG